GCGGGGAGAGCAGCCGCCGUGCGGGCAGCGAUCGCGCCCCGGCCCCGCCGCAGCCCGAGCCCCGGGCGGCCGCGGCUGCUAUGCGGCUUCGCGGCGCACGGCCUCCACCGGGUUCGCGCCGAGGCCUGCGGGCACCCAAGGACUAGGGACACCCGGCCCUGAGCGGAGGGACACCGCCGUCACCCCGAAGUUGCCGCCCCCCAAAAGUGCCCGGUCGGCGAGGAGGGGGCGAUGCCUGGGGCCGCUGCUGCCUGCUGAGCCGGCCGAGGUCUCGCUCGCUGGUGGCCGCAGCACCCUGAUCCCACCGAGCCGCCCCGUGCCCACGACUCCCACCGGAGCCCUUGAGAGAAGAAGCCAUCGGGGCAAGGCUGAGGGGGUCAGGGGGCACAUCCUUCUGCCCUGACACCCCGACGGCGCUGCGGACCCACCGCUGCCCUCGCCCUCCCGGGCCCCGGCAGCCCCCUGGCAGGGCUGCUCCCCCCGGCGCUCCCCAGCCUUGGCCCCCAGCCCCGCUGGAGCGCGGCAGCCUGCCGGGCGCUGCCCCCCGCGCCUCCCGGGCAUUGCCCCCCGGGUGCAUCGCCCUGCGCCCCCCCGGGGACCCGCCGCCCGCUGGCAGAGCCAUGAAGCUGCAGGCGGUGAUGGAGAACCUGCAGCGGCAGCAGCGCGCGCGGCUGCAGCAGGCGCUGGAAGCGCGGCAGCAGGAGCAGCAGCAGCAGCGCUCCACGCCGCCCCCCGCGCAGCCCCCACCGGCCGCGGGGCAGCCCCCCGCCACCACUCCGGCCCGUGCCCGCAGCCAGGAUCCGGCCCCGGCGCCCGCGGAGGAAGGAGCGGAGCCUGAGAGCGCGCACAUGCAGCGGGCGCAGAUGGCCGCCCUGGCUGCCAUGCGGGCAGCAGCCGCCGGCCUCAGCCACUCGUCCAGCCCGGGGCUGUCGGAUGAGAGCCAGGCCUCCGAGGAGGAGGAGGAAGACCGCGGCGAGGAGGAGGAGGAGGAUGGCGGGUACCAGCAGGAGAUGGGCUCCGAGGAGGAGGAGGAUCUGAAGGGCAAGUGGGAUGAAGACGACUUUGAAGAGGACCUGGGCGAGGAGGAGGAGGAAGAGGAAGAAGAGGAAGAGGAGGAAGAGGAAGACUAUGAGGAGGAGGAAGACAUGGGAGAGGAAGGGCUCAGCUCGGCAGAGGCGGUGCGGGCAGGCGCGGGAUCCCUGCUGCUCCGCAAGCCCCCGGCUCCCCAGCAUUACCGGGGCGAGCCGCCGCGGCUGCCGGGGGGGCAAGACCGGCUCCCCUCGGGACUGGGCCACGCGCAGCCCCCGCCGCCGGCGCCCGACCAUGGCGACUGGACCUACGAGGAGCAGUUCAAGCAACUGUACGAGCUGGACGGGGACCCCAGGAGGAAGGAGUUCCUGGACGACCUCUUCAGCUUCAUGCAGAAGCGAGGGACCCCCGUCAACCGGAUCCCCAUCAUGGCCAAGCAGGUGCUGGACCUGUACAUGCUGUACACGCUGGUGACAGAGAAGGGCGGCCUGGUGGAGGUGAUCAACAAGAAGCUGUGGCGGGAGAUCACCAAGGGGCUGAACCUGCCCACCUCCAUCACCAGCGCUGCCUUCACCCUGCGCACCCAGUACAUGAAGUACCUGUACCCCUACGAAUGUGAGAAGCGAGGGCUGAGCAACCCCAACGAGCUGCAGGCGGCCAUCGACAGCAACCGGCGGGAGGGCCGCCGGCAGGGCUUCGGCAGCUCCCUCUUCACCUACUCGCCCGGCGGCACCCAUGGCCUCCUCUCCUCCCCCAAGCUGCCGGUGCCGGCGCUGGGGCUGGCCUCCGCCACCAACGGCGGGUCCAUCGCUCCCGUCCAGAAGAUCAAGAAAGAAGAGGACUCCCCCAUCCCCAUCUCCAUGCCCAGCCGGCUCCCCGUCUCGCUGGCCGGCCACCCCGUGGUGGCAGCCCAGGCGGCCGCGGUGCAGGUGGCGGCGGCCGCCCAAGCCGCGGCGCUGGAGCAGCUGCGGGAGAAGCUGGAGUCGGGGGAGCCACCGGAGAAGAAGAUGGCGCUGGUGACGGACGAGCAGCAGCGGCUGAUGCAGCGGGCGCUGCAGCAGAACCUCCUGGCCAUGACGGCCCAGCUGCCCAUGAGCAUCCGCAUCAACAGCCAGGGCACCCGCUCGCCAGAGAACCGCCAGGACUCCGCCGCCGGCCUGAGCAGCAACGGCACCAACAGCAUCAGCAUGUCGGUUGAGAUCAACGGUAUCGUCUACACAGGUGUGCUGUUCGCCCAGACCCCCGGCCCUUCCUCCUCCUCUUCCUCCUCCUCCUCCUCGCUCCCCUCCUCUGCCUACACCAAAGGCAACGGCGGCAGCGGCGGCAGCCGGAGCAGCGGCAGUGGCGGCGGCGGCGGCACGGGGAGCGGCGGCAGCGUCCCCCCCACGGCACCGGCCGGGCUGGCCGUGCCCCCCAGCUCUACCUCCAACAACGCUUCGCCUUAACGCCCCCGGCCCCCCGGCCCCGGCCCAGCGCCGGCAGCACCUCACCCGGCAGCGGUCGGGGCGCAGGGGCCGGGGUCUCGCCAGGGUCCCACCAAAGUCUGGUCGGGGUCUCACCAGGCUCUCACCAGGCUCUGUCCAGGGUCUCACCGGGGUCUGGUCAGGGUCUCACCAGAGUCUCACGGGACUCCCACCAGGGUCUCACCAAGAUCUCACUGGGGUCCCACCAGGGUCUGGGCAGGGUCUCACCAGGGUCUGGUCAGCAUCUCACCAGGGUCCCACCAGGUUCUGGUCGGGGUCUCACCAGGAUCUCACCGGGGUCUCACUGGGCUCUGGCCAGGGUCUCACCGGGGUCUGGUCGAGGCCUCACCAGAGUCUCAGGGGGGUCCCACCAGGGUCCCACCAGGGUCUAGGCAGGGUCUCACCAGGGUCUCACCAGGAUCUGGUUGGGCUCUGGCCAGGGUCCCACCAGGGUCUAGGCAGGGUCUCACCAGGGUCCCACCAGGAUCUCACUGGGCUCUGGCCGGGCUCUCACUGGGCUCUGGUCAAGGUUUCACCAGUCUCAGGGGGUCCCACCAGGGUCUCACCAGGAUCUGGUUGGGUUCUGGCCAGGGUCUCACCAGGGUCUGGUCAGGGUCUCACCAGGGUCCCCACCAGGAUCUGGUCGGGGUGUCACCGGGGUCCUACCAGGGUCUCACCGGCAUCUGGUCGAUGUCUCACCAGUGUCUCAGGGAGGUCCCACCAGGAUCCCACCAGGAUCCCACCAGGGUCUGGUUGGGCUCUGGCCAGGGUCUUACCGGGGGUCUCACCAGGCUCCCACCAGGGUCUGGUCAGGAUCUCACUGGGGUCCCACCAGGGUCUCACUGGGCUCUGGCCGGGGUCUCACCGGAGUCUCAGGGGGAUCCCAUCAGGAUCUGGUUGGGCUCUGGCCAGGGUCUCACUGGGGUCCCACCAGGGUCCCGCCGGGCUCUGCCCUUGUUCUCCUGUUGUUGGAUUUUUCUUUCCGAGGCAGAAAAGCUUUAGCCCGGGGGUUUUGCCGGAGCCGCCGGCUGUCCCGCUGCGCCGCGCCGGUCCGGGACCGUUUACCUCACUCACAUCACACUUUGCACUGUACAUUUAUUAUUAUUAUUAUUAUAAUUAUUUUUUAACUCGUGUUACCUCCAGACAGACGCACGGACGCCUGCCGACGCGAGCUUUAGUGAAACCCCCCCGGCACCGAAAAAAGAUAUAAAAAAAAAAAAAAAAAUAAUAAUAAUUGGAAAACGGGAGAUAUUUUAUUCAUUUAGAGCCUUUUCCCUCCCCCUUUUUUAUUUCGAGAACGACACUCGCGAUACGGGAUUUUGAGAGGUGGUUGGUUGAUCGUUUCGUUGUAAAUAGCUUCUAUUUUAUUCUCGGGGGGGCUGGGGGGGGGGAAGAAAAAGUGAGAGAAUCGGAACUUUUAACAGGCAAAUGAUAUAUAUUCGUGUUCAUCAGGGAAACGGGAGCUCGGGAACCUCCUUUCUCCUCUCGUUGCUGCAACCAGCAAAUUUUUACUUUUAUUCCCCGUCCUCCCCCCCC